AUGGGGAGUGUCAGCUGGGAUGGGCUCCAGGUGCGUCCUCAGGGCACUGGGCAGCUCUCAGGCCAGGCUCCCCGGACUCUGGUGGGUGAUGUGGUCACUCUCGAGGCACUGCUGUCACAAAGAUGGCAGGAAAUAAAACGCACUGACAAGUGGCCGAAGAUGCUUGGAGACUGGACAAAAUAUGGGAGCAGCAAGAAGCAAAGAUGGCAGGAAAUAAAACGCACUGACAAGUGGCCGAAGAUGCUUGGAGACUGGACAAAAUAUGGGAGCAGCAAGAAGGUAACAUGGGGAGGAAACAUUGUGUACAAAGGCAUUCCCCUGGUGGUGCGGGGCUGGGCGUGGUCACUCCUGCUAGACAUUGACAAAGCGAAGGCUGAGAACCCAGGGGAAGACAAGGUCAUGAAGGAGAAGGGAAAGAGGUCAUCCAGGAUCACCCACCACAUCAAGGCAGAUGUCAGCCACACCCUGCAGAACCACGUGAUGUUUAGAGAAUGAUUUGGAGUCAGGCAGCAGGAAUUAUAUGACAUCCUCGUGGCCUAUUCUGCAUAUAACCCUGAGGUGGGCUACCACAGGCACCUGAGCCACGUCACCGCCACCCUCCUCCUGUAUCUGCUGGAGGAAGAUGCUUUCUUGGUGCUGGCCCAGCUGCUUGCUGGUGAGAGGCACUCCCUGCAGGGUAGGUGGACAUAUUCUACAGUCCGAAUACUGCCUGGCUCUGGAGGCUCCUAUCACACCAGGAGCAGGUGUUGCACAAAUCCUUCCCAAAGAUCAUGA